AUGUUUGGAAUGUUUGCCAUUGCUAGUUUGCCGAUUGUUAUCGUAACUUGGUUUGGUUAUCAUUACAAAAUGGAAGAUGUUAUACCCAGAGUAAUGUUCUUCUCAAUACCAAUUUAUUUAAUUUUGAAUAUAUUCACUUAUGCGAAGAUGAACCGAGAUUUUUCAC